AUGCCGAAGGUACGAGUACUCAUUCGUCCGAGCAGGGUGAUGCCUGAAGUCCCCGAGAACAUGCAGGACAAUAUCGCGCAAAUGGAGCAUCACGCUCGUGACCCCCGCCGCCCUCAACAGCCUCCGGCGCAAUAUCGCCCUCAACAACAGCAGCAGCAGCAGCAGCAGUUCCCCGAGCGAUCCUCUUCGACUGUCCAGGCCCAGCCGCAACAGAGUCAGACGUACGAUCAUGGUUCCUACGCGCAGGCUGCAACAUACGACAGCAUGGAUCAUCCAAAUUUCUCCCCUUUCCCCAUCCUGCGGAGUCCCCCGCCGAACGUCCCUCCUACCGAUGAGCAGCGCGAAGCCAAAUUAGAACAUCACCGCAUGAGUGUCCUGUCGACCACCGACCCGGAGAUGCAAUUGUCCUGGGCCCAGGAUGCGUUGGCCUUUGUUGAAGUGGCCGCGCAAAAUGAAGCCCGUCUGGCGUUGACACAACCUCCGCGUCCUCACACACCGCAAAUUGAGCAGCAGUUGAAGACUGAUGCGCUUAACAUCGUCAGCUUUUUGGCAGAGCAGCACCAUCCGAAGGCUGAGUUCAUCAAAGGUAUGUGGCUGGAAUUCGGCAAGUUUGGCUAUCGAGUAGAUCGCAAAGAGGCCUUCCGAUGCUAUUCCAGAGCCGCGGAGAAAGGGUAUGCGCGCGCAGAGUACCGCAUUGGAAUGCAAUUUGAGAGCUCCGGAGAGCCCGAGAAAGCAAUCAGACACUACGAGAGGGGUGUCGCGAUGGCCGAUUCCGCCUCGUACUACCGUUUAGGAAUGAUGAUUCUUCUGGGCCAACAUGGCCAGCGCCAGGACUUCCAGAAAGGCUUGGAGUACAUUCGGCUCGCGGCGCAAUCCUGUGAUCAGAAUGCCCCACAGGGUGCCUAUGUUUAUGGUAUGCUUCUCGCACGGGAGCUUCCCCAAGUCAGCGUUCCCGAGCCCUACUUGGCUCUCGAUCUCAACAUAGCCCGUGUCAAUAUCGAGAAGGCCGCCUAUCAUGGAUUCGCGAAGGCUCAAGUGAAGAUGGGUGCUGCGUAUGAACUUUGUCAACUGAAUUGCGAUUUCAAUCCCGCGCUUUCCCUGCACUACAAUGCGCUUGCAGCGCGCCAGGGUGAACCUGAGGCCGAGAUGGCUAUCAGCAAAUGGUUCCUUUGUGGACACGAGGGCGUCUUCGAGAAAAAUGAUGAACUUGCAUUCACCUACGCCCAGCGCGCUGCUCAGAGUGGUCUUCCCACGGCUGAGUUUGCCUUGGGCUACUUCUAUGAAGUCGGCAUUUUUGUCCCCGUCGACAUCAAAGAGGCCCGCGGCUGGUACGCCAAGGCUGCUGCCAGCGGUAACAAAGACGCAUCUGGUCGCAUCGAUAGUAUCUCGCGAUCUAAGACUCUGUCCCGACGAGACCACGAAAAGGUUGCGAUUUCUCGCAUCAAGUCAACACGUUAUGUUGCUCAUCAGCGUGGCGGUUCCUUGGAAUCCACACCGGAAAACAUUCAAAUGCCCGAUCCUUCGCGGAUGACCCUGAAUGACCAACCAUCGUCCGCCGCUCCUUAUCCCGAUCGUCCUGGCACUUCUCGUCCUCGUCCACCGGGCCAGCCAAGCUACCAGAUGCCCGAUCCUCGACCAAGCUCGGCAUUUGGUGUCAACCCGAACCUCCGCCAAAACGGUCCUCCAAGUUACGGUGGGCCCCAGGGCCCGCCGGGUCCCCGUACUCCAACUUAUGGACAGCCCCCGAUGAACUAUCGCCAGCCUGGCUCGGGUGCGGGUACACCUCUUGGUGCGCCCACAGGGCCAGCCAGCCCGCAGGCUCCAAAUAUGAUCAGCCCCAAUGGGACACCCCGAGUGGACAUCGGUUACUCUGCCCCGGCUCCACGACCGGGCGACCGACGUCCAACACGUCUCGACAGCGCACCUCCACAGGGAGGGCCUCCAGACCGAAGGCCCGUACGAACCCCUGUGUCUGCCCCGGGGGGGAUCUGUGCCGUCUCCCCGACCACUUGGUUCUCCUUCGUCUUCCAGCUUUUCUUCUCGGCCACUCGGGUCCCCUUCAUCUGCCAAUUUCCCUCCCCGACCACAAGGUUCUCCUUCUCUCGCCAGCCAUCCAGGGGAUCGUCUAGCUCUACACCACAACCGCCUUCCGCUCCGCCGUCCUCGGCGUCCGGUCCGCCGUCUGUGGCUCCCUCGAAACCCCCGCAGUCCUCCAAGCCAAGUGGCCAAGCACCGAGUAAGGGCCCCAAGACCUUUGAAGAAAUGGGGGUUCCAAGUGCCAAAAACGAUAGCGAUUGCGCCAUCGAAGUGUCUGCAAAUCUACACAACAAGGUGACCAAAGGUGAGAGGUAUCGACCCACCUCGCUGCUGCAGCAUGAUCUUGACGUAUCACCAGCUCAAGCUGCCAAAAUUUUGCGAGUACUGCAUCAAGAUGAGAAGAUUGAAGAACGAGUGGCAGGAAAGCAAUCAGUCUACCACGCUGUGCAGGAUUCAUCGCAGAAAAUCACUCCCGAGACUCUCGCCGCGCUCAGCCAGGAAAUUGAACAGCUUCAAGACCAGCUUUCUUCCAUUAAAGAAAAGGAGAAAAAUGUCCGGGCUUCCUUGGCAGCUCUUGAAGCCAAGCCUCGGCUUUCUGUCCUUCGACAGGAUAUCCAACAGCUCGAGGAAGAGAAGAAGGUGAUUCAGCAUCGCUUGGAGUCGCUUCAUAAUAGCGAAAUGGUUCAACUUUCCCUGGAAGAACGGUCCAAGCGCGAAGAUGAGUGGCGACGGUGGCAGCGACACGCCGCCAUCCGCAGUCGUAUUUGUCGUGAUCUGUGGGGGCGAUGCGCGGAGGUUUUACCCGAAAACACGAGCGCGCUGGAGCUAUGGCUGUCCAUCGCUGUCGCUAACGGCGCUGCCAGGAGUCUUUGGGGCUUGAAGGAACAGCCCUCCAAUGAGCAACAGUCGGGUAUCGACGCUACGUUCGUGAUCUCCGGUCUCCACCCAGACACAUUAUGA